AUGUCGUUGCUACAUCUGUAUGUGGUUUUGGCGUGCAGUGUCAUUGGAAAUUCACAACACCAAACAGAUGCACCGAUAUAUUUACAAUACCAAACGGAUGCACCAAUAAAUGUCAAAGAAUUGGAUUUGGACAUCGAGUCGACUACGGCACGGACACGCGAUGUUGGAAUAACCAAAUCUUUGGAGGGCUUAGAGGUUCCGGCAGUGUACGUUACGGAAUUUGAUGAAUUUUGUGCGGCAAUAAAAGAGAGACUUCAUGUCACCGAUGAAAUGCUGCGUCUGCCCGAGGUUAGAGAAUGGUUCGAGGAAAACUUCACUUCGAAGCACAUACGGUUUGAUCCCGAAAACCCGAUUUACAUUCAGAUGGCAAGUGCAAACCUAGCCACCAUAUGGUGUUCCUUCUGUCAGAGCACAAAUAAUUGCCCCUGUAUCCGGCGAUUCUGCUUCAACGUCACGUGUUAGUCGCAUUGUAACGA